ACUUUGGUAUUUGUGGGAAAUAGUCAUCGUAAUUACGCGGUAUUUACGUACACGCGCCUUCUCGAUCUCGUGUAUUCGAUUCCCUGACUAGCGUUUAUGUUCUCGAAGCGUUAAGAUGUAAUUUCAAUGUUCCUUGUUAAUUUUUAUAAUAAACGUUGUUAUUUGUUGUUGACGUGCGUUAAUAUGUUUCCUACAUAUUCAGAAGUGGUCGGACCUGUGUCUCGUAUGACAUCGCUAUCGUUACAUUCGUUUUUGAAGUGUUGAAAGUUCUUGUGUUGUUCUCGAUCACCCUCGAAAGCAUGGCGGCAUCGAAAAAUACGAUUCCAAUUGAUACGGUGAGUGAAAUUGUUCGAGCGGCUAGCAGCGCUGUGCUAUUGCCCAACAUUCCACACUUUACCGGCGAAGUAUCAUCGACGGAAGCGAAACAGUGGCUGAACAGCAUCGAAAACCAAGCAACCAUUGCCGGGUGGAACAAUAUACAGAAAUUAGAAGCAGCGAAGCGUUUAUUGCUAAAAGCGGCCAAAACCUGGUAUCUCCUGUCCGCAGACGAUAUCAAAACGUGGUAUGACUUUCGACAGCAAUUUUCCGAGACGUUUAUCGGAAGCGAAACCAACGUAGUCGACAAGUGGGAGCGUUUUUCCCUCCGAGCCCAAAACGAAAACGAGUCACCGAUCGAAUACAUCUUCGAUAAGCUGCGGUUAGCUAAAGAUGUCGGCGCAUCAGUGACAGAUUCGAAAAAUGCGGUAUGUUCUGGUUUUAAAAACGAGGAAAUGGCCAACUUCCUACGUGUAUACGAUUAUUCGAAAGCGGCGGAUUGGACCAGACGUCUUCGUGAGUUCCAGUCAAGCAAACCAUCGUUAAAUCGUCCUUCAUCGCCCAGUGAUUCGUCAUCUGACAACGAUUCGAAUUCCGAGGAGAAAUCGAGUGGCUGCCUUUCUAACGUUUCUGAAAGCGGUCCAUUUCAACGAGGAAAAUCGUGUGUCGAGGACGACACACCGGAAAGGAUGGCCGAUUGUGGGAAAUAGUCAUCGUAAUUACGCGGUAUUUACGUACACGCGCCUUCUCGAUCUCGUGUAUUCGAUUCCCUGACUAGCGUUUAUGUUCUCGAAGCGUUAAGAUGAUAGACCAUAGAGUCCGAACGGCUCCCGUGUGCCCGUACGUAUGUAUGUACGCGUAUACGUGCGCGCGCGUGGGGGGGUAGUUUUCGUCCAUGUUUCACAACUUGUAAACGGUUAAAAAACGCAACCCGGCAAGCUGCCUCCGUGGCGGCUUAGCUAUGAUAACGGGUUGCUGUGCAAGAGGUCUUGGGUUCGAUUCCCGCGUCCGGCACAAAUUUUUUCAAAAUUUUUUUUCGUGAUUUUUAUUUUUACAAGUUGAAUUUUUACAGAAAAAGUAAUUAAAUUAUUUUUUUUUGCUUUCAAACAAUGAAUAAAUUUAUCAAUAUUAUGUUUUGAAUGAUAUGCCGAAUUAGGCGAGGCGAAGCCGAGCCGUUUAAAAUUUAUAUUUCAUUCGAUGAGCAUUACUCCCCUUGGUGAGUUCAGACGGAGGCUGGACAUUUACCGUGUAUGUAGCACUUGCGGUUGUUUAUAAAAAAAUUGUACUCACCGAGGCCGAAGGCCGAGGGAAGUUAACAGACAUAGUAUGAACAACAAAGCGACCCGCGCAACCGAGGCGAAGCCGAGGUGAGCGGACACAACGCCCCCCAACACUAAGGCCAACACUAAAAUUUUACUCAAAAAAAAAACUCAUCAAUAGGCUAAAUCGUAAGAUACGACGUAUUCAAUUGUACUCGCGUCGCGAGCUUUGGGAGCCGUUCGGACUCUAUGGUCGAGCGUAAUUUCAAUGUUCCUUGUUAAUUUUUAUAAUAAACGUUGUUAUUUGUUGUU